AAGCCUCGCGACCUGGGACUGCGAAGGGCGGAGCAGCACCAUGGCGGCGUCGGGAGCCGGUGACCCUCUGGAUGCUAGGAGUGGCGAGGCCCCGGUGGCUCAGCGCAUCGACCCGACUCGGGAGAAGCUGACUCCCGCACAACUGCAAUUCAUGCGGCAGGUGCAGCUCGCCCAGUGGCAGAAGACGCUGCCGCAGAGGCGGACACGGAACAUCGUGACCGGCCUGGGCAUCGGCGCCCUGGUGUUAGCUAUUUAUGGUUACACCUUCUACUCGGUGUCCCAGGAGCGCUUCUUAGACGAGCUGGAGGAUGAGGCCAAAGCUGCCCGAGCCCGAGCCCAGGCAAGGGCAUCAGGACCCUGAACGAGAUGGACACUGCAUAUCUCCAACCCGCCGGAACACCUUCACUUGAUGGAUGAUGCCCCAUGACCGUAUUAGAAAUGGAGGCCUGCUCACAGCACUGCUGGCCUUUUUACUAACCUUAGAUGAUUGAACUAAAGAAGCCAUAGAUUUAUGCAUUUGGCCAUCAUCAAGGGAACAUUGCCCACCUCAUACGCAAUUAUGUAUUCCACUGAGCCCCUCUUGUAGUUUGCUUCCUUGUUUGAGAGAUGAUGUACAACCUUAGCUUUUCUUAAGCUUCCUGACUUUGUCGUUUACUCCCUUCACCACCCAGGGGCUUGUCUGUUUGGGGGUGGGGUGAAAGUUCUGUGCAGUGGGAGCCUAAAAUGGGAAAGAUGGGGUCAAGUCGGGAAUAAUAAACGAAGUCGUCUCUCUUAGA